AUGGAGCACAUCAUCGACAUCGGAAAAGGGCGGUUAUCUGUCGACGACCUCCGAAAAGGCCAGAUAUUUGGAUCGGCCCGCAAGGUCCCCCAGGCAUACCCGGACCACAGGGUAUUCCCGGGCCCCAGGGCGUACCGGGUGAUCCCGGUGCUCCUGGCCCUCAAGGCAUGGAUGGCGCUCAGGGGGCACCAGGCGCUCGAGGCAUGCCCGGUCCACAAGGGAUUCCCGGCUCUCAGGGCUUUCCGGGCCAUCAAGGACCUCCUGGACGUGACGGGAGGGAUGGGAUAUCUGGCAAAGAUGGAGCACAAGGACCAAAGGGCGAUAUGGGGCCUCAAGGAGAGCAAGGUGAACCAGGAGAGAUGGGGCCACCUGGUGAAGAUGGCUUACCAGGAGAGCCAGGAGAGCCAGGAGAGCCAGGAGUGCCAGGAGGGCAGGGCGAGAAGGGCGAGAAGGGUGACCCAGGUAAUCCAGGCGAAAAAGGUGACCGAGGAGAGCAGGGCGAACCGGGGUGCAGAGGACCACAGGGUGAGAGAGGAAUACCUGGAGAAAGAGGUUGCCAGGGUGAGAGAGGAAUACCUGGAGAAAGAGGAUGUCCGGGCCAGAGAGGAACACCUGGGGAAAGAGGAUGCCCGGGCGAGAGAGGGAUACAGGGAGUACAAGGAUUGCAAGGCUUCCCGCUGCAUUGCUUACCUGCCGAGCCGAGACGACCCGGUGGCAUCAGCAUGA